AUGUCUUAGCAAAGCAAUCUGGUAUCCCAUUAGAAAGAGGUUGAAAGUUGUAGUGAGUGAGGAUGGCAAUUAGAGGCAACUUGGUGUUUGCAAUAUUUGUGCUAAUUGCUAGCAUUGUAGCAGUUAGGAACAUUCCACGCAUUUCAGCUCAAUGUGGAGGUGCUUUUAGUAAAAUUGCAGACUCAUGUGGGGAGUACAUAAAAAAGGGUGAUAGCUCUAAGACUCAACCAUCCCAAGACUGCUGCGAUGUCAUAAAACAAAUUGAUUUACCCUGCGCCUGUAAAUAUGUUAAUAGUACCAUUGAGGCUAUGAUCAGCAUGGAUAAAGUUGUCCAGGUAGUCAGGUCUUGUGGAGUAACAAUUGCUUCCGGAACCCACUGUGGAAGUUACGUUGUUCAUCCUUCGCAGAAGUGAGCGUAAGCGUUCAAGACAUAUAUGCAUGCAGGAAUAAGCUAAACAUGGCGUGCGUCGUCCAACUACUUUACUUUUUUUGCUUUAUGUUAAGACACAAAGUUCAAUCUUAAAUGAAACAGUAUUCAUAUGUCUCUUC